CGGCAGGCCAGUCGCCAUUUGGCGCGCUAACAGGGCGGACGUGUUAUUGUUGCGUAUCGUGUUUUCUUACACUUUGAUUGGAUUGUUAUGAUUUGAGUUCAAUUUACGUGAAUAAACAGUAUUUGUGAGUGAUUGUUACUUGUUGAACUUAAUUGUGACUUGGGCUGUGGAACUCCUAUUCGGAUACGGUUUAUUUUUCAAUCAAGGUGUGGCAACAUCCGAUUGACUUAUGAUUCGAAGGUGAAUCACCGGCCGACGUAAUCGGUCGGUAGAACGAGCAGUCGUCACCACGCUUUCAUCAUGACCCUGCACUGGUGGAUGCACUGGUUCUGGGUGACGAUGCUUCUCACAAUUAUAGCAAGCACUGGCAAAAACCUUGCUGCGCCCCAGUCAGAGGAACUACACGUAGCAGAUUUUGAAGUUGAACGUCAAAGUGCUGAAAGACAAGGAAGAGCCAUGUACUUCACGAAAACUCCACAAGUCAGCACUACUAGAACAAAUCCGGAAAUAAACGAAACAGUAAAGGUUAUAACAAAAGAACCACUUAAGGAUGUUAACGCAUCUGUUACGAAUGUAACAGUAGUAAAUACCACGGAAACUCAACAAAUACAAUGGACUCCUGUCAACAUAACUGACAAUAACGUCUCAAUUAUAGCGCUACCAGAGAACACAACUAACAUCAAUGUAACUAUAGAAUUUACUAAUGUGACCGAUUCACAAAAUUCUACUUUCUCAUCAAAAAAACGUAAUCUGACAAGACCUGACUUUAUAAAGGAGGACCUCAGUUUAGAAGGCGUUGCAGAAAGUCGGAUCGUGACUGAAAAACCUCUAUCUUUGGAAACUACGUUCCUGCAAACGAGAAUACCGCCGAAUGUAGAAUCUUCCAGAAGGAUAAUCGAUUCUGGUGGCGGUGGAAUGGAUACGGGAGCAAUAGCUGGUAUAUCAUUUGCAGCAAUAGUGUUGGCUGCGCUUGCAGGAAGUACCGCCUUAGUUCUGUAUCGUAGGCGGUAUUUAAACAAGCCGCAGACUUUGAAUGACAAAUGUUCGAAUCCCGAUUCCAGUGGAUAUCUUGAUGAUAGCACUAUAAGGGAUAAUUCUGAGGAGAUGUACAGCCUGGACAACGAUUCAUUCCUGAAUUCGCUUGAAGCGAUGACAAUCCAGAAUUACUGGACUGACACGGUGAAACACACCAAACUGUAGACAUUCGUACUGAUAGUAUGUUAACGUAUACGACUAUCUGAAGUGAAAUUGGAUGUAUAUGUUGCCAGUAGAAAUAUUUCCCAGUGAUACAUAAAAAAUGAUUUUCUUUUAAAUAGUGAAUAAUUUAAUUUUUAUUGAAGUCAUUCAAUGUUGCAGUUUUAUUAGAAUAUAUUUAUGUGAUGCGGUAAAUUUGUCGUGGUAACAAUUGUUCUUUACAAUAUCGUGAUUUAUUUUUAAUUUCCAAAAUAAUAAUUCAUGUAUACUAAAGAUGCUUGCAAUAUUAUUAUUGCUGUACUUUUACAUUAUUCAUUAAAAUAAUUUCAGUAGGUUUACGUUGCUAACGUAUGCAAAACGUAUUUUUUUUGCACUGGCAACGAAAUUCAAUAAACCUAAACUCUGCAAUA